AUGGGUUGCGGUUCAUCCGGCAACGUGGUGCCCGCUCACGAGGGCACAGCAAAUGGUCACAAACCAGCAAAUGGUCACAACCCCGCAAAUGGUCAUAAGGACAAUCGUGGUGACGGUGAUCGAGACGAUUUGCCGACUGUCGUCCUGCCAGAGACGCCGAUCAAACCGAAACCUCGUGACAAAAAUAUAUUUCCAGCUGUGGCCUUCGAGAUACCUCUAGAAGAAUUCGAUGCGACGAGACGAGAAUCCGUCAUGACGCCUCCUCCCCAUUUGCAGCGGCUUUUGCAACCUCCCCAGGCUGAGAUCACCCUCCCUGACAUCGAAGAGAAGUUGGCAGAAGCAGAGCAGCGAAGACAAACGAUUUUGCAGCAAAGAGCCGCGUCAGCGCAGAAGAGGGCACAGAGGAUGAUGAAGUCGAUUCAUGAAAUGGACAGGGUGGACUCUGAACAUGAACACGCGGACCCCACCAAUAAGCGUGGCAUCAAUGCUGUCACCAUCCCCCCCGAACCCGGGGUCUGUGAGGACAAGCACAUAACUUAA